GCCGCAGCUGUUUAUAAAGGGCGGAUCGGGCUCCCCGCGCGCACGUGACCGGCGCGUCCACCCCGCGGCCUCGGCGACGGCUCCAUGGCGCGAGCGCGCGCGCUGCUCGGCUGUCUGCUGUUGGGGCUCGGCUCGGCGCUGCGCGGGGCGCCGGCGGGACAGUUUUGGCACGUGACCGACUUGCAUUUAGACCCUACCUACCAUGUCACCGAUGACCACACCAAGGUGUGCUCCUCGUCCAAAGGUGCCAAUGCCUCCAACCCGGGCCCUUUCGGGGACGUCCUAUGCGAUGCUCCUUAUCGACUCAUUCUGUCAGCAUUCGACUUUAUUAAGAAUUCGGGGCAAGAAGCGUCUUUCAUGAUAUGGACGGGCGACAGCCCACCUCACGUUCCUGUUCCUGAACUCUCCACAGACACUGUUAUAAAGGUGAUCACUAACAUGACAACAACCAUCCAGAGUGUCUUUCCCGAUCUCCAGGUGUUCCCUACGCUGGGCAAUCAUGACUACUGGCCACAGGAUCAGUUGCCUGUAGCCACCAGUCAAGUGUAUGACGCAGUGGCCAACCUCUGGAAAGCAUGGCUGGAUGAAGACGCCCUGAGUACUCUGAGGAAAGGAGGAUUUUACUCCCAGAAAGUCCCACAUAACCCAAACCUGAGGAUCAUCAGUCUAAACACAAACUUGUACUACGGCCCCAACAUCGUGACCCUGAACCAGACUGACCCGGCCAGUCAGUUUGAAUGGCUGGAGAGUACCCUGAACAGCUCUCAGCAAAAUAAAGAGAAGGUGUACAUCAUCGCGCACGUGCCCGUGGGGUACCUGCCUUACUCCAGCGGCAUCACGGCGAUGAGACAGUAUUAUAACGAGAAGCUGGUGGAGCUCUUCAGGAGGUACAGCGCCAUCAUUGAGGGACAGUUCUACGGUCACACACACAGGGACAGCAUCAUGGUUCUUGCCGACGGAGAUGGCCGUCCGUUGAGCUCCUUGUUUGUGUCUCCCGCUGUUACACCUGUGAGGAAUGUGUUUGAAAAGCAGACCAACAACCCCGGGGUCCGCCUCUUUCAGUAUGAGCCUCACAAUUACACGUUAUUGGAUAUGCUGCAGUACUAUCUGAACCUGACGGAAGCAAAUCUGAAGGGAGAAUCUGACUGGCAGCUGGAGUAUGUCCUGACGCAGACCUAUGGCGUUGGAGAUCUGCAGCCUCGGAAUUUAUACGGGCUGGUUAAGCAGUUUGCAGCCCUCGGCAGUAAGCAGUUCCUAAAAUACUACAAUUAUUUCUUUGUGAGUUACGACAGCAGCAUGGUUUGUGAUAAGAAAUGCAAGGCCUUGCAGAUCUGUGCAAUUAUGUAUCUUGAUCAGGCUUCCUACACAGACUGCCUCAAACGGUAUUAUAUAAAGCACAGCCACUAGUGCCUUGGCUCGUGUUGGUGGCAAAUGUAAUGCGACUGUUUCUCAGGCCAGUUUGGGGGAGUUGUUAGGUGAAAUCUUUGCAAAUUACUGAGGAGCACACAGAAUCACUGUCAUUGAUUUGUUUUCUAAUCAUGCCCGGAUGUGGCUACAGAUACCAUUCUAAAUUUUUCUUCUACUGCAUAUACUUGGGCUGCCAUCCAUAGAAUUAUAAUUGGAUGUCAACACCCCACCUUCCAGUUUAUAUCAUCGUACCUAAUUUAUACUUUUGUUGAAAUUGUUACUCAUACAAUAAAGCAAAAGACUUUCCCCCUUUAA